AUGAGUUCAGUGAAAGCCGUUUUUGUACAGAAUUGCAUUUUCAUCAUUGUAGAUCCCAGAUAUCUUACAUUUAGGUAAUUAAUCUAGGAAGACCUCUUUGAAUAAUAUUUAGAGUAUGAAUAAGUAGGCUUUUAAAUUGUUUUACAACUGAAUUUUUGUAUGAAAUGCGAGUAUAUUUUGUUCAACAUUUCCCCUGUCAAAUAAGUGUACCUUUAAUUUUGUAUUCCUAGAAAUAUCAAAUUGUAGCUUAGAUUACAUGUAGUCAAUCGCCUCCUGUAGAACUGUGUGAACUGAAAUGAAAAAGGUUGUUACUUCUGAUUGUUCACUUUACUUUCGUUGAGAAAUUUAUCCGCUAGUAUCAAAAAUUUUGAAGAAACGUUUCAAAAUGCAUGUUAGAAAUACUGGGCCCAAUCAAGGCCCAAUUUCCUUCGCCUUCUCUUGAACCGUUAUCCGCGCGAAUCUGGGAAGGGGUUGGCCUGCGAAAACAGCCGUUUCUCCUCGCGUGAUGAACGAGGAGAAAAGUCUGUUUUCGCAUGCUAGGAAGGGGUAAUGGCCUAUUGGCAAUAAAUAUUAUUGACAGUAUUAAGUGUCAGUUGUCUCCUGAAAGCAUGUUGACUUUUCUUAUUUGCCCAAGUGUACAAAAUCUUUUUUAUACAUUUUAGAAAAUGAGAACUUGUUUCAAAUUUUAGACUAAUCGGGUUCUUUUAUAAAGGGGGCCUAGCUGACAAAUUUUCGCCCAACAUGUUCUUAAAAACCGCGUUCUUACUCGCAAGCUUUUACUGCAUUCGCAGACCUUGAAUCGGGGCGAUAAUACAAUUGCAACAAGACGCCCAUUAGGACAUGAAUAUUUAAAGAAUAUAUUGCCUAAUAAGUCCAUUCAUUGUUUUCUGAUUGUGUAUAAACACGUUCCGCUUUAACCUGCGUUUUUCGGGUUUUCGGUGAUCGCAGAUCAUCGAUCAAAGUCCGUAAAUCGAUAGCCGGCUUCCCAAACACUAUUGCGAAAUUUUAAUUUGGCAACGUCACAUCCACGAAAGCAUCGCGCGGUUUCAUAGUCCCCGAGCCGGGCACAUAGUAUCAUAGGUCUCCUGUACGCCACCAAAGAGGAAGGUUUCAUCAGGCAAAAACGAGAAAAUUCCGCGUUUGUCACGAAUGUUUUCUCACAGUGGAACCCCGCUCUACGGACACCCGGAUAUAACAGACAGUUUCGUUGUCCCCCGUGGGGAGGGGGACUCUGCAUAUGAAAGGGGUGGGGAUGCUCGUCGGAAAUUUUGAAUUAAACCCCUAAAGAAGACCGAUCUGGGCGUGGUCCAAGCGCAGCUUUUUUUUACCCCUAAAAGAGACCAUGUUAAAACACAAACAAAUGAGAAAACUUUGAUUAUAUGAAUGGAGUAAAUAAAACGAAUUUAAAAUAUACAUAUCAAAUAUAUAUUUUUAUAUUUUUUCGCGUGCAACGCUAAACGAGUCCUUCACGGCUAAAUAUGAUAGCGUUUUGCCCAGAACACCCUAAAUGAGACCAAAAUUCGAAAUUUACACCCCUAAGCGAGACGAAGAGCAUCCCCACCACUUUCAUAUGCGGAGUCCCCCCUCCCCCGGGCGUUGUCCCAACGAAAACCUGAAAAUAAGCACCGCGGCGCUAAUUUGGACCUUUAGGAAUUAACGCCCCACUUUUGUCACGGCGCUUGAUAUAAAAAGAUAUUAAUUUAAACCAUAUCGGUUGAGAAAUAAGACCUCGACCAACUCGUGAGUUCUAAAGUUUUAAUGUAGGGAAACUGUUCAAACCGGGUUCAUAUAACAGUUCGAGGUACAUAUUUUAUACUGAAUUGUAGAUACCUAGUACGCGCCUCACUUAAUUCUCUCUACAUUACCCUCAGUGUUUUACCCGUAGUUGAAAUAAGUGUCGCUCUCGGAUAAGCACGCACCUAUGACAGGGAAAAUGAAAUAAGCGCCGGGGCGCUUAAUCGAUCAUUUACGGUAAGCAACGUCGACGACAGCAAAGAGAACGGCAAAAAACAAUAGGUUUAGAUUAGCUUUGCAUGUGACACACUUUUUUUUACAUUUCUUCACCGUCGUUUCACGACGCCAUGUGAAGCCAUCGUCGUCUAUGCUAAGCCGCUGCCAUUAAUUUUCCUUCAUCCUUUUCACUUUUGACCUGCUGCCGCGCGCGCUGCCGCAGGUUACAUUUCUGUCACACCAUCACGUAAGGUGGUGACCUUGAAAUCACGCUUGGACGGUAUAGAAGCCCUGAAUUUUGAUAUUUCUAUCGAGGUAUGAUGAUGGACACGUGCGUUGUCUCGCUAUUUUCAUGUGUCGUGUACGCCAGUCUCCGUAAUUUUCGGAUCAACACGCAGCUUCUUAUAAUCGUUAUUCCACCGGUGUCAGCUUUAUCAUGCACAGGAAGAAAGAGAGAGAAGGAGAAGGAGGAGAAGUAUCGAGAGAGGACCAAAUCUACAGUUAGUGUGGUCUACGACCGCACGCGAUAGCAACACACUUCGUUGAGGUACAGCUAUACUUGUUUUUAACCUUGUGAAUCUGUUAAUGACAUUAGUUUCCUAGAUUUAAACCUUUUGCAAUAAAUUCAAACCACCUAUUUUUAAGUUCGUUUCUGAAAAAAGUUUUGUCAGUGGUCCGAAGUCGAUAGAUUCAAAAUCAAACGAUUGACCUUUUUUGAACAGGAUCAAUUCGAAUUCUCGAAUAACAAUUCUUGAUUACGAUUUUCUUCAACUCAGCAAGAGAACAGAUGUAUGGACGCUGGGCACAGUUAAUCAAAAGCUACUGAUAGUCUCCUCUCGUCUCAGUUAUUUUAAAGCACUUGGCUUGAAAGUGAUUGCGAUAAACACUUUUAAUCACGUAAUUGUUGCAGUUCCGAAUGUGUACUCCAAGAAACGGUCUAAGCUAUCAUUCAAAAAAAAUAUUUAGCAAAAGUGUAUGAUUGCAUCAUUAGCAUGAAAAAGACCUCAAGUGGGCCUUUUGCGUUCUCCCUUAACCUGUUUAGACCGUUUAACGGCCAAUAGAUGAAGAAGCUUGUGUGCAGAAAAUCGGCUAGUUUAUACACAUCAAAAGAUAGUUCAAGACUGUUUUAGCUACUAUUUUUUUUCCGGAUACUAGACUCAAGAAAUGGACACGUAGGUUGUGACAGCGUCACUGAUGUGUAACCGCAAUGUAUCUACACGUAUGAAUGAGUGAAUGAACCUUAAUAAUUUUGAGUGUCUGAGUACUAUAUUUAGCUGAUUGGUGACAUUGAAAUAAAAGUCAAAAUUGAAAAUAGAAAUAGUGCUAUAAAUUAUGCUGAGAUAAAUUUUAAAAUUUGCCAUCCUCAAAGAAGUAAAUAGUCUAAAUAGUAUUAUGCUAGGAUAGGUCUAGGUUUCGCACGACAUCCGCAUAAACUUGACUGAGUUAUCAUGAGGAAAUCAAACCAAAUUAAGAAAUAAAAAACAAGGAAAGUGUUUAAAGGGUCCCUCGUGCUCAUCAUCCAUAAAAUUCUCAGGCGCUUAACAUAAAAUCUACUACAUUGAUAACCCUCGAGAAAAACUCUAUAAGCUUUAAUGCGUGCGUGAUUAUGACGAUCAAAAAACCUCACAAGGUUAUCAUAUAGUUACGUGAUUAUUCUUCCCAUUAGGGUCUCUAAUUAUACCUCUAACCAGUCCUAUAAAAACCCAUCAGAAAUCCAUGCCAAUACACGAAGCGUUCUUCAAGAGCGGGAAAAACGUGAUCCGACAAUUUCUGAUGCUCUGAUUGGCUGAGUAACUGGCGCGAGAUUUUUAGCUAAUCAUGCUCAUCGGUACGAAUUUAGACCUCAACUGUCGUGAAAUUACUGCUCUAAUGAACUCGAUCAGUAGGCAGCAAAUGAUUUUUGUCUUAACUUGUUACUGAUAAUUGUUGGCAUAGACCAGCCUAACCAUCAUGACACUUUCUCUUGUUCUCCUCUCUUCAAAAAGUUUAUGCACGUACGAUCGUCAAUUUGGAGUCUCGUAUCAAUGUAAGAAGUUCAACUUAAGUAUAGAUCUUCUCCCGGCUCAACAGUCAACUUGGUUUUAGUGGCAGGGGUCGAGACAAGAGUAAACGUAUUCGAGGAGACAAAAAAAAUUACACAAUGUAGGAGGGUGGCCUUAGCUUUCCACGGUAGACCUUGGACCGGCUGUAUAAACUGACAAUUCUAAAUCAGCCAUGAUCCAAGGAAUUUGGGUUAAAUCGGCACAAUUUGGAAACAAAUAGUUCACUUGACAAAUAUCAUAGCUUAACUAUUAAAGCAACUAAAAAACAUCGUUAGUGGUUGGUGUUUUGGAAGUUAGGAUGUUCGCCGGUAAAAUACUGUCAAACCCUCUCACCUACCCGGCGUACCGUGUGGCACGGGAUUUUUGCGGGUUCUAAUUUUGCGAUUUUUCCAGCGAUACGCAAAAACAAGUUCCCGCAAAUAAAAAUUACCGCAAAAAUUUACUCCAGAGAAAAUAUUCUCUAGCUUAAAUUCACCACACAAAAAUACAGUACUGGCAAAUCGUGUCUGUUCACUUAGUCUCUUUCUUUCAGAAACAAAGCGGUAUACAAUGAAAUACUGACGCACACCGUCACAUUGUUUGAAAAUAUGUAUUUCUAUUGCACGUACUCAAUAAAAACGAAAAUAUUAUUAAUGCUUGGUACAGGGUACUUUAUAAAUCCCGGCAAGAAAAACCAAUCUGUCCCAAUCGCAAAAAUUAAUUCCCGAAAACACAAAAAAUCGCCCUUCCGCAAAAAUAAACUCCGGCAAAAAUUUCUUUCCAGACAGUAGCCUAUGUCCAAAAUACCGCCGUUCUGAAUGAUUCUAGCAGAGUUGUACCGUAUUCUCAUGCAUUGAAUGGUUUGAAUGUGCUUGCGAUUUUCACUGGAAGUUAAGAAUUGCGGGUGAGCUGUGCAACAGAAUCAGAUCGCAAGCUUGUGUUGCCUUUCUUGGGAAUGUAACAGUAAUGGGGAAUAUGUAGGAUUGCGCCUUUUUUAGUUUAUAUCGGUUUCUAGGUGAUGAAAAAGUCUUAUCGGUUUUAAACAGGUUGGAGGCGAGCGGAACCGAGUGAUAGGUACCCGAGUGAUAACGCACGGUGGACGCCUCUUUUCCGUGACUUGGGCUACACUCGAUUGUUGUAAAAUUCAGUGAAAACGUCAUGACUAGAAAGUGCAAAAAAUUUAAUGCAAAACACAUGUUAGAAGAUCACUACAAGUUCCUGUUUUCUUAGGCAGUUAACAUAAAAGAGUUUCGAAACCAAAGCUGAUACUACUUUACUCUUCUUCUGUUUCGAUGAAAGUAAAACUUUUUUAAAAAAGAAAACAAUAUCAAUGGAAGCUGCAGACCGUUGAUAAGUAAAAUUAAGACCCACAACUCUGAUAUGAUCCGUGUGCUAAGAGCACGACACGGAAUGACUAGUCAGGGUAUAUGUAUAAACCACUCUUUUUUUCCGUGAGUACCACCCCACUGGCUCCAGACACUAUACAGGAUCAUUGUUUCGGCUACAGACAAGUCGAGUUGUUUCGCUUUUUCCUGUCAUAAUUUAUUGUAAAACUGAAAGAAAAACACCACCAUCGGUGGAGUAUGAACUUAUAAAUAGCUACAAUAACCAAAAGAUAAUCAGAAAGCUAUUUCAGAAAGUGAAACAAAUUGGACUGGUGACGAAGAAAAUUAACUCAUUACGUACGUCAUCACGUUUGUACCCAGUCCCGCUCAAAAGUCUCAGACUCGAGUAAAAACAAAGAAUGCUUGUAGAUUAUACAGCUUUAUUAUAGUCGGCGAACAAAACCAAAUAUUGAUAUACCAGAAUAACAUCAGAAAUGAUUUUGCACGCAAGUUUCAAAGCUUAAAAAUCGACAUUUAUUUAGGGACGUUAUUCCCUGGCGAUAAAGAGGUGUAACACCAAGACAACUACGGAAUGCCUCUGCAUUUAAAAUACAUUAUUUGUACCGAAAUUCACCUUCACGUGCUCCUUCGAAAUUUACAGUCAUUGACGGUAUUUCCUUUCUCUUUUAUAAAUUGAAUUUACAUAUAAUUGGACACAAUAAUGGCUGUUUGCUUUUAAAAAACGAAAGAUUACAAAUCUUGCAUGCGAACGAGACAGUGCAUCUUUGAUCGUAUCUGCAUCUUUCCGAACGUGAUCUUGUUAAAAGUGAUCCGUUCAAAAAAUAGUUUGUUGUCCUGUCACGUUUUAGAAGCACUUUCCUCUUUGUUAGAAACACCGCAACUUUAGUAAGACGGAUAUUGAUGCUUAUUUCUCGAAACCGCCGAUUAAGAAUCUUCCAUUUGGCUAAAUCCCAAACAAACAGACGAUUAUGAGCCUGUAUUGACCUUACUCAGCCAUGACAAAAGACAUGUUGAUUGACGGCCACAGUUUUACGGAGCUGAUUUCAUGCAAGUAGUUAGUUUUCUGUUGGCUACCAAGAGUAACAGAACUGAGCUAGCAGACUGAAUUCUAAAAAUUUGCCGAUUGAUUUGAUUUCCCCCAACCAUAUAACCGCAACUGAGUAAGAAAGGUCAGUAAAUUCAGUAGUUUUAAGAGUUUUUUCUCCUUUUUAAGGGUAACAGAAAGGUAUUCUCGGCUUAAAAUGUAAAGAACAGUAGACAUUUCUCGUAUUGCUAGCUAUAAAUUUUACGUUUAGUACGAACAUUAGAAAACUUUUUUAUACUGAAACUUGAAGGCUGGUCAUUUGGCUCCAUUUGGCUUUUCCAGCAUGAUUUGCCCGCAGGAGGACAUUGAAUGAUUUUAUUCUCAUUCGUUCACUCUCAUUCUUUUUCAUUAAAUCUCAGCCAGUCGUUCAUUUGGUCCAAUGAAUUUAGAGCCAAGAAUAAGCAAUCUUACAAUCCGGCCCCAAUGCAGUGUGGGUGGUCAGUGCUCUUUCAAAAAUGAAAAUGACGCCUCGGAGACUCUUUCUCUCUGACUUCAUUCAUUCAUUUUUCUCAUGUAUUUAUUUGUUUAUUUAUUUGUAUUUUUGGACUAGUCAUUAUCCUGGUGGAAGUUGCCUUAGAAUUGCUCUUUUGAAAUCUUACAGGAUUUUUUCAGUCGAAUAAGUUUCUAUGCAUGGUUUUCAACUCUAACGAUCUUCCUAAGAGUAAUAUAAGCGAUACGAUAUGCGGUUCAUUUUUCCUUAUGCUUUUAAACAUAUCACUAGUUUUUGGAGACGGAUAUUGAGAAUUGAAAUGUAUAGUUGAAUUACCGUUUACUAAUUAACGGAUAAUAUGAAGUGUUAGUCCUGCAUGAAUGGACGGAACUUGCAGUCUUGUAGCUAAUGCCUUACGGAAAUAACUGUAGGGUGUCAGACUUGUCAGUGGAUUAGAACGAACAACUAAAUAUGAUUACUUUUAGAACACUCGUCAGUUAUUCAAUGUAAGUGCGACUGUACUUGAACUGGACAAUAGCUUUGAAUGGGGUAAAACAUGCAUGAAUGAAAAUGCGCAAAUCUGAUAUUGUCUUAGCAGUAUUCAUGUUCAUUUGUAACUCAUGCAAACAAGCUACUCUGCUCAAAGACUUGUUGUAGCCGAAAAUCCCGGUUAAGGAACCGGUGAAAUCUGCUUUGCCCACCCCUUUCCGGCUAGCUUGCUGUCCGCAAAAUAUAUAAUCCUACUUCUGGAAAACCGUUAUCACAAUUCGAUUUCUCUUACUCGAAAUUACUAAUCACACAUAAAAUUGUAUAACAAAAAUAGGUGUAAUCAGUAGGAUUAAAGUCCUUGUGUACGAUACGAUUCAGUAAUUUUCAUUACAACCAGUCUACUUUUGUUCCCAUUUUGUAAUUAUUGCAACGGAAACCAAUAUUAACUUACAGGAAUAUCAUACCAGUUUCUUGCGGAACGUCUGGCAACGCGUGCAAAAGCCUCCCAUCUGGCGCGAAAUUAAAUGUGGCGCGUGUUCUUCCCAGCCCCCCUCUGGUCUAGCUCACGUACACAUUUUCCUCGGGCACAAGCUUAAAGAGUUGCACGGUUUAUCAAUGAUGCGGAGUAAAACGCUAGAGAUUUACUGCUGACAACGUUGAUUGUGAUUGAUACACAAGACAUCACAUACUAGACGAUUAUAAUACUUUAGAUUAUUAGGCUUUUGUCACUGUAUAAUCACGCUGCCUAUGACGCAAAAAGCGCUCUACAUGAAUCGAAACCUUCAAAGGUAUCGCUGAUUUGUAUGCCAAGUGUUCUUGUUAGAAGAAGAGUAAAGAUUUCAAGUAUCUCUUAAAAAAAUAACCUUUAAAGGCAGCGGCACCGUUGAUACUUUUUUUCUCUGUCGCAAUUUUAAAGUGUUAAUUGAAUUCGGAUUUCUUUUUGAACACGGUCAAAGAGCCUCUUUCCUCAAACGGGCGGGAAAAUCGUUCAGCUAGAACUGAGUGCCUUUCGAAACAUAUCCUUACGGAUAGCAAAGGAUCCACUAACAUAAAAGCUUACUCUUUUAAACAACUAGGGGUUCUUUGGUGCUUUCCUGGGGGUCUCUAAAUACUCAUAAUAUUGCCGACACGAAAGCAAAACUUAAGGAAUCUCGCCGAAAUAGCUCAUUGACACGAUGGCAAAGAUAUCCUUAGUUAAGGUCUUUAUUAUCGAUGAUUGGCUCUCAGAAGAAUCGAGCGCCACCACUUUUCAAGUGGCGGUAUUUAUAGAUAUAUCAGUACAUUACUUUGGGGUACACAAAAGGUCAAGUUUUUGAUAAGACAGCAAUGUCAUAGUUAAAUGCCUUCACCGAGUUUGCACGCAACUCAAAAAUUCAUCAUUGGGUGACUUUGAGAAACCAAACUUUGGAUGUUCGGUCUGAGAGCAAUUCAGUUCGAAGGAGAAACCUUAAAGGGCCGUCUUUCAAACGUUUAGUUGCUGUGUUGAAAUUUCGAUGAAGUCAGUCAAGUGCAGUUGAGGCACGCAAUUGCAAUGUUUAGACCAAUCCAGAAUAUGGCAGACAACAAGAAUUUGUUUUUAAAAAUCGUGACCUUUAUCUUGAGUGCAAGGAAGCAAGGCGGAAAGGAAAAGAAAGAAUGUUCUUCUUUGAGCUUCAAUCGCCGUCUACUUGCAUGUUUUAUUGUUGUGAUAAAAUCGUCAAGCUGUUUAACCCUUGUGGAUCCUUACGAUGAUGGAAUUUUUAUUAAUUUGUUUAACUAAGAUGCCUAGUGGAUGAGUUUUUCCGUUGCGUCCAGGAAUUUAUAAUGUUGAUAUUUUAAUCAGUUUAGCAUAACUUCUGAAAAGAACGGAUUACACGGCCGGUCUGAAUUUCACGAUAUUUCUCGUUUUUCAAGAUACUAGAAGAAAUAUUUUUCUACACUUCUUUUGGUCUUACCCGUGUAAAAUAUCAAAAACUUUCCACUUCCUUCCACCCGUAAACUUGGGAAAGUUGAUCCUAAAAACAUUCUUGUUUAAAUAUGUAACAUAAGCAAAUCAUGUUUAAUUCUGUUUCAUUUUAAAAUAAAACCUGCCAAAGGCCUCGAAAGGUCACAACAAAUAAAUGAAUCCGUUAAACGAUUUUAGCAAUUUUUAAUAAUGUUACAUGUCACGAAACAAAGUUUAAUACCGAAAAAGGUGCGUAGCCUUGACGGGUACUUUUUUGAAGCGAAAGCCCCGUUUUAAAAGUCACAUUUUCUCCUGAUGUCCCGAAUUCAAUGCUAAUGAGGAAAGUCAAUUUUUCUCGCUCAUUUGCAGUAAAUUCGGCACGUUUGAACCGAGCCUAACUUUUUAAAAAUCAUUUGGCAAUGAUUUUAUUUUUGUGAAAGAGUUUUCUUCUCUGUUCAAAGCACUUUUCCAUUCUAUUUUUACGGUAACAACUUAAUUAAACAAGAAUUUCUUGAGUUUAUUUAAGAAGACAAUAAUAACAACUUUGUAAACGACUAUUUACUGUCAUAUUAAUGAUACUCAUUUUGUAAUAGUAGAGCAUUUAGAACAUUUGUACUCUUACGUGCACCGCUUUCUAUAAAAUUUCUUUUUUCCUCCAUUGGACGGUUUGUUCAUGAAAUUUUCUAAACCGGUUUGUACUUUGUCCUAUGACAAUUCAUCGUAGUUGAGCAAUAUUUAGGAUUUAAAAUAUUUCGUAAGACUUUUGGGACCAAUUAUCUGCAUACCGUAUCCUUGGCUUGUAAACAAGCUUUCCUUUAUUCGAGCAAGGCUGUAUAUGAUAAUUGCACGGAACAGUAAGGUUCCAUUACCAGCGGUUUCGGCCUUUUUCAACGAUGAUUGAAGUGUAAAUACAAACAAGAGCUUAUCGUUGUUUCUCAGUACCGUGGAGUCCGUGGGUGGCCUUCUGCAAGAACCUGGCUCAUAGUAAACGCCUUUAGGUGAUAAAAUAACAAUCUACUGAGAUAACAAUGCUAAAUGUGUCACCAAAAACGAUUGCGUAAUAGCGUUAGAUAACUUUCGCUUUUAUGCCACUGUUUUGGGCCUUGUUUAGUUGUUAGUUGUGGUGGGGUAGUGUUCUGACUCAUGCUAAGUUUUUUGUUCCGUUUAUUUGCUUGGAAUGAUUGCUUUUGAAUUCGUUUAGAUAACCUGAGUGACCUUCUUUGCUGCCAUUUUAAUAAAUGAACAUGGCUUUUCCAGUCAAUCUUUCGACCUAUGUCACUGUCAGUCAUUUGAACGGCUUUCGCGGGAAGAAACCUUGGGUGGCAGUUUCCGGCGUCUGAAUCAGCGGAAAAAAUUCCACGGUAUAUAAAAAUCUUGAUAUCCCGGGCUUGAGAUGAAACUUGGACUGAAUAAAUGAUGGUAAAAGCUCACAGUCUUUCAAAAGUAAUAUUCGGGGACAAUUUAAAUUAAAUCCCCUUUACACCCAUUGUUCUCUGUACUAAAUCCGCUUGUAAUUGCGGAGAAAAGUAUUUCAUCUCGACAUUAAACCCAUCAAGACCUUCGAAAUAUAGGUCAUUUCAUCUCAUAUCUACUUAUGCAAUCACUCAGAGCAGAGCAAUCCAACAGAUCAGUUGUUUGAAAAGCUCCCAGAGUUGGUUUAUCUAUCAAGCGGCGUGACUUUGUUUCCGGUCGACUGCAGAGAGAAAAUAGACUAUUCUCUUGACAGUCAUAUUUUAAUCCUUGAUCUCAAUGGCUAAACUCAAACCUGCGGACUUGACAGCUGUACAUUAAAUACUUUCGUAUUAAAAAUUAUUUUCAUUGAAAAGUUUAAAAAGAAUUAGCUAUUAACGGUCUUAGCUUUCGUGAAAACGUUGAGAAGUGUUUAAAGAGUGAUAUUUGUUAUGAGAGGGUUCAUUACUAUAAAAGCUCUGUUUUAUGAUAAAAUGACCUCUAAAAUGUUACUGGGUGUCUUCAACCUGUCGAUAGGAAAAAAUUCCUUAAAGUGCUUUGCUUUUGUUUACAUUCGGGACCCUGGGGACUUUAAGCCGCUAAAAACACAAACAAGACCUUCAUAUUAGCCGGAGAGUUCGAACACCAUAGCCCAGCUGAAAUAUGCAGUCCAGGUUAAACCUGUUUACAAUACAGCAGCAAUCAGGUUAACCCACAGAACGCGGAACAAAUGUUUUCCGAGAACGUCUUUUUGGAGAGAAGGAUUUCACGCUUGCAGUGCUCUGUGAGUGAAGCACUCACGUGUGGAAUGACGUUGUUAUGGUAACGCUAAUUAGCUAGCGCUUUCUGAUUGGCCAAAGGUGUUGUUAAAAUAUUCCUGAAAAUUACGCAGGAGAAUUGAAAUUUGCUUCGCUUGUACGCCCCGUUCCUUUUCUCAGCCGCAGAAAUUCGGGCUAGUUGCCGUCGGAAGACCUCUAGAGGAAACUCCAGGCACUUGAACUGCAGCAGUGCAGUCCCCCGGAAUUUCAGAAGGUAAAAGUGACAGAGAGUGCUUUUGAUUGAGUCUUUGAAGCUCAGGCUUUGCACCGGCGAGUUUUCAUUCAUUCAGCAAUGUCAGCAGAGAUUUAACUGCGCACCGAUUUAAAUGACCCUCUCGGGAGCAACGACAAAAUUCGACUUCCACCCUUCAAACUACUAAACGAGUAAACUUUUGACGAUUUUUAACAGUUUGAUAUCGAUGCAGUACUAAGUUUUAAGACUUCCUUUAAAAGAUAACAUUAGAAUCCUUUCAUAUCGAUUGUAUAACAAUUUGUAGUGUUUGGAGUGUGAUCUUAUUUCCGUUUCUCGUAGAAUGGCUGUUCAAGUCGAAUCCUUGUGCAAACCGUUUGCGCUGGAAAACGACCCGGACGCGACUUACUUCUUUCAUUUGGAAAAAGACGAAGUUGCUAGUGAUGGCUACAGCUCUCCAGUCCCAUCCCACGACAUUUGGAAAAAGUUUGAGCUGCUACCGACACCUCCCCGCUCUCCAUCACGAUCACCGCGGCACUCGCCAAUUGACAUCGUUUCAUUUGGUGGAGAUUACGGCUCUGUAGCGGACACCUUGCAAAUUGUCUCGGACAUUUUGGAUUUAGACGGGGACAGCUGUUCAACUACACCUCUAGCUACUGUUGAAAUUUCUCUGACCAGUCUGAAGUCCAAACUCAUUCAGGACUGUAUGUGGAACGGUUCAAACUACGAAAGUUCGUUACCGGAUUUUAAAAGUCUUGGUGCCGGUAUGAACGCCGAGGACCUGUACGAGACUCCUUGUUCGACUCCUCCGCCAGUUGAAUACGUUAGCUCUGAUUGUGUGGAUCCUUCCACGGUUUUUCCCUAUCCUAUUAACGAAUCACAUCAUAACUUGUGCGGAUCUCAUACAUCUAGCGAUUCAGGUAAGAUUUGUAAUUAAACUCAUCCAACGGCCAUACUUCUAUUUCCUGUUCAAUUGCAAUUUAAAGCUUUAAUAAAUUUUCUCAUAAUAGUGGUUUCCUGUGUUCGCUUUUCGUUGAUCGUAAAUUUUUGGGGAUAAACUGGUAAUUUAGUUGGUUUCUUUUUAUUUACUGUUUGAUAGAAGAAGAAAUAGACGUAGUGACCAUUGAGAAACCAAAGCGAAAGCGUCUACCGCAAGUCACUGAUGAACCACCGGCAAAACGACUAAAACCAGUGGCUGUGAAACCGAAAGCGGCCAUGUCUUUUCCUAGUCCUACAAAAGAGAGUAAAAAAGACAAUAUAAAGCGACAAAGUAGCUGCACAUCAGACGAAGAAAGCGAAACUAGCAAGAGAGCAACUCACAAUGUUCUGGAGCGGAAACGAAGGAAUGACCUCAAGACAAGCUUUCACGUUCUCCGAGAAGAAGUACCCGACCUCAAAGAAAAUGAAAGAGCUCCUAAAGUAACUAUCUUGCGUAAGGCAAAGGAUUACGUCGAUAAACUGAAAAAGGAUGAAGUAAGACUUCUUGCAGAACUUGAAAAACUACGGCACAGAAACGAAGAACUUUUAGAGCGAUUUUAUUCACUAGGACAAAAGCGAAAAUAACUUUUUUGUUUGCUCUAAUCUACGUGUAGUAACUCGUCUUUUACUCAAAAGAACUAAGAGGAAGAUUGUAUAUAUAUAAAUAUAAAGCCUAAAAGAAUAUGUAUUUUGUAAAGAAAGCGUAGGAUCCUAGAAAAUUUGGUCCAAUAUUUGUCUCGAUUUAGUUGUGCGACUGUAGCAAGUAGCGCUUCCGCUCUGUAAACCAAAUUUCAUUCAAAGUGAAGAUGAUAAAUUUUUGCGUUGUCUCAACGCUAAGCAGUUUGUGAUUGAAAAGUAAUGAAAAAAAAAGUAUGAGCUUUCCUUGUCGAAAUUGGCGCUUUUCCUUAUAGGACGAUAAGUUUUACUUUGAUCUGAUCAUUUUUUUGACUGCCAAAGUUCGAAUGAAUGGAUAUAAUUUGCAUAUAUUGCGUCAAAGCGCGGGAAAGACUCGUAUAGAUUUCCAUAAAUUAACGUCAAUGAUUAGAGCUGUAGGUUUUGUUUCGAGUCCUUGGGGACUGUAGUUUUGCUUGAUUUUUUCAGAUAAAAGGAAUGUUAGAUAUGUUAUGCGUGAAGUUUUCGAACAGAAUUCUGGAUACCCGUUUUUACUGUGUAAAACCAUGGUUGGCCGCUUUCGGCUUUUGGUGCAAAUGAAUUUGGAUUGAAAGUUCAGUAAUUUGAUCCGUUAGGUUGGUGUAAGUUUAAAUCCAAGAUUAGCGUAUUGUUUGUAUUUAGUAGAAAACCCUUUGCGAUGAACGUUUCUCGCCAAUUAGCCUCUGAUUAAUGUUUGAGGUGUGAUGUUAUUGCGAAAGUACGUAGAAUGUUAACAUUCAGGAGUCGAAUUCUCGUGUUUCUCGGCCGUUCCCGGGAAAAUAAGUAUGUAAACACUGCUUUGCUUGGCAAGCAAACAGAUAUUAAAGAUCACAAGUUCAGGAUUGUCCAAACUUGCUUUGUAAACUGAGAGAAAUUCCACGAACGCCACUUUGUUCAGAAUGAAUGAACUUGGUUGCUUGGUGCAUUGUGCGGUA